AUGUUGGAAGAAUCAGUGGAGGUCUGCUUCGAUGACAUGCUAGACUUGUUUUUGCCCGGGGAGGACCCUGGUAAUGCAUCGUUCGCAAAGCUAUUCAACGACAUUCCGCAGGUCGAGGGAAAGGAAGCUAAUUUGUAUGGCGCCCUGGUCGACGUCAUUAAUAAGAGUGAUAUUUUGCAGGGAUACAUCUUAACCCUCCACAGCGCAUCUGGCGACACUGAACUGACCAUCGACGGUGGCAUGUAUGCUACGAACGAGUGCACCACUACCCGCAACAAAUCAGCAGACUGGUCAACGUUAGAACUGUCGUUCUUAUGCAAAGUUGACGACAACGCAAACGACGAGCAACCACCAUCAAACGAACGCAUACCAUGUCUCGAGCAAAUCCUAUCACACGGAACUCUCGUCUUCGAUCGUCAGCAUCGUACCCACCACUACACCAUCGUCACCUUCGGUACCUUGGCCCGCGUCGUCCGGCUGGAUCGUGCUGGCGCUAUCUUUUCGGAGAAGUUCGACUACACGGACGAGCCUGCGAAGCUCGCGAGGUUCCUCUGGCGGUUCUCGCGUCUUUCAGCCACACAAAGGGGACACGAUCCAACUGCAACCCAGGUCUUUCCUGGAAGCCCCGACCACGAUUUCAUGAUAGCUUGCGCCUCAACUCCCCGCCCCGGCAUUGGGGACUAUGCACGCGUACUCUUCCAAGAGUCUCUCGCCCACGAAUGGCCUUGGUGGAGAAUCACGGUGGAGGACGCUGGCGGCCCUCGCGAUUUUCUGGUAGGACGCCCUACGUUCGUCGCAUGUGGACUCGUCGGCAGGGGCACAAGAGGCUACAUCGCUCUUGACCUGUGCAAUCCGGAUCAUCCCAUCGUUUUCCUCAAGGACUGCUGGCGGGUCCUCCAUGAGCGAUCGGAGACAGAAGGUGCCAUCCUCUCGUACCUCAACGAGUGCGACGUGGAGGGCAUUCCAAGUCGGCUGUGCGAUGGCGACGUUGGUGAGCAAGAGACCGUCUCGCAAGACGUCUGGAAGGCAAAACACGUGGGAGAAGAAUGCCGCAUGAAGCAUCACAGGCACUACCGGCUUGCCGUGAAGGAGGUUGGCAUUCCCCUGUACAAGUUUGAGACUGGUCGACAGCUGGUGUUCAUGUUCAUCGACUGUCUCGAAGCUCAUAAGUCCGCCUAUCUGAAAGCCGGUGUAAUCCACCGAGACAUCAGCUCUGGCAACUUCCUCAUGUUACCGACGAAGCUUCCGGGUGCCGAUGGAAAGGCCGUCUACAGGGGGCUCCUUACCGAUUGGGAAUUGUCGAAGCGCAUCGAGUAUGAUGGCGAAGCCCCCCGCCUCUCCGGCCGAGCGGGAACUUGGCAGUUCAUGUCCGUCAACGCGUUGAACAAUCCCGACAAGGAGAUCUCAAUUCCAGACGAACUCGAGUCGUUUUUCCAUGCCCUGCUUUGGUUCGCUAUCCGGUGGCUCCCUCACAACUGCAACGAUGUCGACAAGUUCAUGUUCGAGUACUUCGACACCGGACGUACCGAAAACGGCAAGGAAUACACUUGCGGCACGGUCAAGCAGAGCACGAUGAACAGCGCACAUCUCAUCACGCCCACGAAUGCUUCGUUGCAUUUCUUCCGUCGCCCCUUGUCGAAGAAAGGCCCCCAAGGACCUUCUGCUCAGCUACUCACGUCAGGCGAUCCCUCCGACUCGAGCGAACCGUCGACCUCUGCAGUGAAAGCUCCCGAAUGGUCCGAAGCAGACCUUCAUCCCAUCGAUGACGUGUUCGCUGAGCUACUCGACUGGUUUCAGGCAGCCUACCGUCUCGCCAACCACCGGAAACUGAGAUCGACCCCAGUGCCAACGCAGCAGCCCCUCGAAGGGCUUGACGCUGCACGCUUCAAGAGAUUCCAGCUUCUUCUCGCGGAGGACUCUCAGCCAUUGGGCGUGGCGCUCAGUGAUCCCACACUGCAGCAGACCCGUGCGGGGCUGGAGGAGCGCGCAAAGAAGCUCGAGACCCACAAAGCGAUGUUGAAGUUCCUUUAUGCCCGAGCCUUCGCUCCUGACGUGUGGCCACAAGGGGACAGGCAGCCCGACCAGCUCUCGAGGAAAUUCAACCCGAAGAACUAA